GCACCAUGGGAACUAUAGUCCUCAAUCGAAGCGCCUCCCCGCCUCUUCUCCCCCCGCCUCGCCGAGGUGUCAUGGGAAGUGUAGUCCCCGCGCCCUGCGCGUGAACAUCUGCGCGAGGGGCGGCCCCUCCCCCUUCCCCUCCUGGGCUGUGGCCACGCGCGGCGGUUCCGCUUCCCCCUCCGGCUGCCGCCGCCUCGGUGGGUCCCAUUGCCGCCAUUGCAGGAGGCUCUGUGCGGCGGCCGCGCCGUGCGAACCAGAGGUCCCGCCCCGCAGCCCGCUCGGCGGCCGGCUCCUCUCCGGAGCAGCGGGCAACCGCGUCCGCCGCCGACAGAGAACGGGAGAGACAGGUGCCACCGAAGUCCUUGCAGUGGCAGGAAACUGAUGAGGGCUUUGUCUAGCCAUUAAGAGCCAUGUCUGAUAACGGAGAACUAGAAGAUAAGCCACCAGCCCCUCCCGUCCGAAUGAGCAGUACCAUCUUCAGUUCAGGGGGCAAAGACCAGUUGUCUACCAACCACAGCUUGAAACCCCUGCCCUCUGUACCAGAAGAGAGAAAACCUAGGAACAAAAUCAUCUCCAUCUUUUCUGGCACUGAAAAAGGAAGCAAGAAAAAGGAGAAGGAAAGGCCAGAAAUUUCUCCUCCAUCAGACUUUGAACACACCAUCCAUGUUGGCUUUGAUGCUGUUACUGGAGAAUUCACUGGAAUGCCAGAGCAAUGGGCUCGAUUGCUACAGACCUCAAAUAUCACCAAGCUAGAGCAGAAGAAGAACCCUCAGGCUGUACUAGAUGUGCUGAAAUUCUAUGACUCCAAAGACACAGCAAAACAGAAAUACUUGAGCUUCUCCGCUCCAGAAAAAGAUGGUUUCGCUUCAGGAACACCAGCUCCCAAUGCCAAAGGUUCAGAGCCCUCAACAGCAGUGGUAGAAGAUGACGAUGAUGAAGAGGUUCCUCCUCCGGUUAUUGCCCCUCGACCAGAUCAUACAAAAUCAAUUUACACACGGUCUGUAAUUGACCCUAUCCCUGCACCAGCUGGUGACACUUGUGAUAGUGCUGCCAAGUCAGCUGAUAAGCAGAAAAAGAAGACCAAAAUGUCAGAUGAAGACAUCAUGGAAAAGCUACGGACUAUUGUGAGCAUAGGAGAUCCCAAGAAAAAAUACACCAGAUAUGAAAAAAUUGGGCAGGGGGCUUCAGGUACAGUUUUCACAGCUAUCGAUGUGGCAACAGGACAGGAGGUUGCUAUCAAACAGAUAAACCUGCAGAAGCAGCCCAAGAAGGAGUUGAUUAUUAAUGAGAUCCUGGUAAUGAAAGAGUUAAAGAAUCCCAACAUAGUUAACUUCCUAGACAGUUUUCUUGUAGGUGAUGAAUUGUUUGUUGUGAUGGAGUACCUUGCUGGAGGGUCACUCACUGAUGUGGUCACAGAAACUUGCAUGGAUGAGGCACAGAUUGCUGCUGUUUGCAGAGAGUGUUUACAAGCACUAGAGUUCCUACAUGCCAACCAGGUAAUCCACAGAGAUAUUAAGAGUGACAACGUGCUUUUAGGAAUGGAUGGAUCAGUUAAACUCACCGACUUUGGUUUCUGUGCUCAGAUCACCCCAGAGCAGAGCAAGCGCAGCACCAUGGUUGGGACUCCCUAUUGGAUGGCUCCUGAGGUGGUCACACGGAAAGCCUAUGGCCCUAAAGUGGAUAUCUGGUCUCUGGGUAUCAUGGCUAUUGAAAUGGUGGAAGGAGAGCCCCCAUACCUCAAUGAAAACCCUCUGAGGGCUUUGUAUUUAAUAGCAACUAAUGGCACACCAGAACUGCAGAAUCCAGAGAAACUGUCCCCAAUAUUCCGGGAUUUUCUAAAUCGUUGUUUGGAGAUGGAUGUAGAGAAAAGGGGAUCAGCCAAAGAACUGUUACAGCAUCCUUUCCUGAAAUUGGCCAAACCUUUGUCUAGCUUGACGCCAUUGAUCCUGGCAGCCAAAGAAGCAAUGAAGAGUAACCGCUAACAUUGUUGCCAUGGCCUUCAUCUUUUUUUAAAAAUCUUUAUAAUAUAUGAAAGUUGUUACUCUUGUUAGGGGGGUUGAAAAAGUCUGCAAAAGGGAAAAACGCUCACGCAGAAGACACCCGAAAUGAAAUAUGGUGACUUUUAUGUAAACCCUUUUUAGGGUCUAAAAGGAAUUGUGGACUGAAUCACUGGUCUCUCACCUCUUUUGCAGACAGCCCAGGAAUCCUGCUUCCCAUGCCUGGGGUUUUAAGUUUUUUGAUGACUUCGCUGUAACAGUUCCCAUUCCUUGUGCUCUCUUGGGGACUUUCAAUACUUGAAUGACAGAUUCAAGCUUUUGGAGAGAGGCAUUAAUUUUAUCUGCUGAUCUUUCCUUCUCCUCCCCUUUUCCUGUUGUCUUUCAAGUUGCUUUGGCCAUCUCCCAUAUGACUAGAUUAACGGCAAAUGUGACAGAAAUGUGAAGGUACAAUUUACCCAUUUUCUCCCCCCUCCCACCCUUUACCAUACAAUUUAGCUGUGACUGUACUGUAGAAUUAACGACUCAGAUACUUAAGAAACUAACUUUAAAUGAAAUCUGCUUGUAAGUAGAGUAUAGGGAGAGGGGGAAGAGAAGAGUUCAGCUGUCUUUCUGAUAUGUAACUGCUCCGGGGAUUUCUAAUCCAAGAGAGAGACAUCUCAGUGUAGCAAAUUGUGGUGGGUCAGGUUUUUGGAGGUCAGCCUACACAUAUGAGGAGAAGGGAGCAGAUGUUUGAGGAAAGAAACACCCCCACCCCCUCCCCAUUAUAUUCCUUUCUAUUUCCAUUCCCCCACAACUUCCCGAGACUUGUUGGCCAAGGCAGAAGGGAUGUCUUGUGCGGUGUAGUGGGUGGUCUUAAAACCAAGUGUUGUAUCUAUGCUCUUUCUUGGGCUUCGGGAUUUAUGCUGGUGCCUUUGACUUUUUUUACAUUUCCCUCCUUUGUAUCAAAUGAAUUUUUGUAUAUGUUGUAAUUUUAUUCCCAAAAGCAAAUAAUGCAUCAACCUAGGAGUUGUCAAGAUUUAAGUAUUAGCUAUUUUUUCCAUUUUUAUAUGUGCUCCAUUUCUACUAAUGAAAUCAAAAGAACAAAUAAUUCAUCAGAAUGAAGAUCCAAGACUUUUUUUUUUUAAUAAUUCAAACAGGAGCUUAUGAACACCUGGGAAUGCCAAAGUGCUGUUCUAUGGAGACAAAGUCUGAGGCGGGAAAGUAGCUUCAUCAGACAUGAAAGUGGCUUACUUGAGUGGCUGAUGUAUGACUGGAGAGAGUCAUCAUGUCAUGAUGGCCCCUUUUCACUAAAGACAUUUUACCAGCUAGGAUGGCAGAAGAUAAUGUUUAGUGCAAGAAAAAAGUGCCUUCCUAUAAGAGCUAGUGAGUAACUUGAGUUCUUGAGAUGGUGCCAACUGAAGUGGUAACAGUAGAAACCGUAGAAGUAUCCCUGGUCCCUGAUUUCAGCCACUGAAAUUGCUGCAUUUAUACCUAUAGAUUAUUUUCAUAAGGAGCUGUUUGUAACUGUAAUGUGCCAAACAAUGUGCA